AUUGGGGAAGGUUGAGGGAGAGGAGAAGAGGAGCCGCGGGUCCUGAAGGGAGUGAGUGGUAGAAAAAGAUGUUCACGGAAUCGCCAUGGAAUCUGGCAACUGAGUGUCUUGCAGGGUUUGGGAUGGGCAAGUCCAGAACUUGAGUCAUGUUGGAAACGACCUCAGACGCCUUGACCGCAAGGCAGCCAGGAGACUGGACCGUGCAGGACCAGAUUCAGAAGGCUUACACACCCUUGGCCGAGGUGUCCAGGGGGCUGCUUCCUGGACCUGCAUAGCAGGUCCUUCAUGUGCCUUGCUAAGCACAGCAUGUUCUCCUGAGUCACCUUUCUGGGGUCCACACCCCCUCCAUUGCAGGGGACUUUGUUUCACUGGAAAUCACUAAAGUGGGCCAGAGCCAAGUUUCUUUGGAAGUUGGGCAACGCUGUUUUUUGCCCCAAAGUGAGUAAAAUGAUCAUAGUCAUGAUGCUGACUUUGCUGUGGGACUUGGGGAAUUUGUUCUGAAGAUAGUUGUGAAGAGAGAAAGGUUUCAAUCUGGGUUUGCCUUGGCUCCAAAGAGGAGGUCCUUGAGGAGAACCUCCAACCUCUGCUGCCCUCUGUCAGUCCGCCUGGCGCCUCCGACCCUGCCGGGCCAUCGCGGCUCCACCCCCGCCGAGAUCACCACCCCUUCCCCAGCUGCAUCCUGGUCUCCAUCUCUUCCGACCCAGCAGGGCUCGGCGGGAAGAUGGGCUCCCGCGGGCUGGGACUCACGCUGGCGUGCUGCCUGCUGCUGGCCUUCGCCUGCGGUCUGGUGCUGGGCCGAGUGCCCCGUGGGCAGCAGGAGCAGCAGGAGCAGGAGGGGACCAGGGAGCCGCCGAUGGACCACGCUGAGAGGGAUGAAGAAGAGCAUGAAAAAUACGGUCCCAGGCAGGACGAGGAAGCCCCUGCUUCUCGGUGCCUCCGCUGCUGUGACCCUGGUACUCCCGUGUACCAGGCCAUCCCGGUGCCGCAGAUCAACAUCACCAUCCUGAAAGGUGAGAAGGGCGACCGGGGAGACCGGGGCCUGCAAGGCAAAUACGGCAAAACAGGGUCCGUGGGUGCCAGGGGCCACACGGGACCCAAAGGGCAGAAAGGGUCCAUGGGGGCCCCCGGGGACCGCUGCAAGAACCACUACGCCGCCUUCUCCGUGGGCCGGAAGAAGCCCCUGCAUAGCAAUGACUACUACCAGACGGUAAUCUUCGACACAGAGUUCGUGAACCUCUACAACCAUUUCAACAUGUUCACGGGGAAAUUCUACUGCUACGUGCCCGGCAUCUACUUCUUCAGCCUCAACGUGCACACCUGGAACCAGAAGGAGACGUACCUGCACAUCAUGAAGAACGCGGAGGAGGUGGUGAUCCUGUACGCCCAGGUGAGCGACCGUAGCAUCAUGCAGAGUCAGAGCCUGAUGCUGGAGCUGCGGGACCAGGACGAGGUGUGGGUGCGCCUCUUCAAGGGCGAGCGGGAGAAUGCCAUCUUCAGCGACGAGUUUGACACCUACAUCACCUUCAGCGGCUACCUGGUCAAGCCGGCCAACGAGCCCUAGCCACCUGCCAGCCUCCGUCGCCACAGGCUCACCUCCCCUUCUCCCCGUGCCCUGCCCUGCUCCGCUGGACCUUCCCCACCCCACACCCCCCCAUCUGGAACCUCCCUCAUCCACUCCUGGUCAGCCCCUCCUGCAUCCGCGUUUCCCAGGCCCCUCACGCCUCCCUGCUUUGGCAUUCGACAUGACGCCCCUCACAGGAGCGGGAAGCAACGUCGGCUCGGUGGUCCCAAGCCUUGCUGUGUCUGCACGUGCAAUCACCAGGUGGGUGUGCCUGCGGGAGUCCCCCUCUGUGUACACGGCCUUGAGUGAGACCCUCCCCAGAUGUGCCCCACGACAACGAUGCACCAGGGUGUCCCAGAGCAAGCCACCCUUGCUCCUGUUGCUGGGAAGAACUAAGCCAGUUCUAAAGGUUGUGAAAGGA